AUGUCCGUAACUUUGCACACGACAGCAGGUGAUAUCAAGAUUGAAUUGUUUUGCCAAGAGUGUCCGAAAACCUGUGAGAACUUUCUCGCCCUUUGCGCUAGCGACUAUUACAAGGACAACAUUUUCCACAGAAACAUCAAGGAUUUUGUGGUCCAAACAGGUGAUCCUACAGGCACGGGUAAAGGCGGAAACAGCAUUUGGGGUGGUCCAUUUGAAGACGAGCUCUCAACUGAGCUCAAACACACCGGACGUGGUGUAGUGUCUAUGGCAAAUAACGGACCUAACACGAACAAGUCACAGUUUUUCAUCACCUACGCCAAACAACCUCACCUUGACCUCAAAUAUACGGUUUUUGGGAAAGUAAUCGAUGGAUUCGAUGCGCUUGAUGAGCUCGAAACUAUCAAAGUGGACGCUAAGUAUCGUCCAGUUGUGGAGCAAAGGAUACGUGACAUUACGAUACACGCCAAUCCUUUCGCCCAGUAG